AUGAAGCCACAGCAUCAAUAAUAAUCAGCAGAGUUAAGGUCCUCAUCGUUUAAGCCAAGACUUCGAUAGCUUGAUUGGGGUGGUGAGAAAUAACAAAACGAGAACAUAGAUCCAUUAAGUGACGAAGGCAACUAGGAUUCAAUAGCAAUGAGCAACUAUUCACUCUCAACUAAAUAUCAAAAAAAGGACAUUACAAAGGAAUUUUUAAAACUUCAUUAAAAGAUGAUAUCAAAUAAGAGCAAGAGACUUUAAACUUAAAACAUAGCUGUGCCUCAGAAUAGAGAUGCUCUAUUGCUUAAAUAUGGAAAUUUGCCUAACAAGGUCAAUAACAACACUAGGAGAUAGGGAGCUACAGAGGAGGUCGCUUCAUAUAAAAAAGAUGCAAUGAAGCUAAUCAUAAAUAGAAUCUACAGAUACAUUGGAAACAUAUUUGAUGAUAUAUAAAAGAAAGUGAUGAGAGAUGACAUAAUGAGACAGCGAAAAGAACUCUUCGAUCUAAUGAAGCCAAGCUUAUCUCUAGCUUAAAAUUAGAAUAAGGAGUCAAUAGCGAAUAAUUAUUCAAUCUUGGAAAAUUCAAAUGCAAAUCAAUAAUAGUCUAAGCUAGAGGAUAAAGUCUCAGUGUUUCGAGCGAUGUUUGAAAUGAAGAGGCAAAGAAUUAAAGAUAGUCUCAUGGAGUUCGACUAGUAUGUGGCUGAAGAUUCUGUCCAAGUAAUUUAGAUUGAACAGGAUAAUUAGUUCUAAGUUCGAGAUAAUGAGAAUUAAGAGGUGUUACAUUCACUCUAUGAGACUCCUGGUAAAGAAGAGACUUUUCAUGUAGAUAAUAUCACCAAUGAGCAAAGAAAUUUUGAUGAUAGCUUGGAAGAAAAUAGGUUUAAGAUGAUCUAAUUUUAAGAUGUGGAGGGAAAUUUUGAAUCGAAUAAGAAAUUAAAACCUCAAAACAAUAGAUAUAAUAGUGACGAAGAGGAGAUAGAGGAGGAAAAAAUCAAUGAAAGUUAGAGAAUUUUUAAUGAGCAAGAAAGUUAAAACAGCGUCAAGGAGUUCUACCCAACUUAAAGCUUCAGCCAAGCAAAUUAUAAUUUCCCUGUGAUUGAGGAACAGUAUCAAGAAAGUUCUCCCUCCUAAUAAAAUAAUUUGACUCUUUAGGAGGAAGACUAUUAGCUAUACAAACCUAAAAUUGAGGAGGCACCCAUAAUCUUACCAGCAAUUAAGAAGAAUGUUGGAUCCUAUCUCAAUAAAAAUGGAAAUGAACAAGCAAACCAAAAGAUGAUUAUAGGGUAUAAAUUCAAUAAGCAACCAGAUAUAGUUGAAAUGUCAUUUAGUGAAAAUCCCUUCUUCAGGAAGCAUAGUCUUGAUACUGAUGAAGCAAAUAGCUCUAAUGCUAGUAACCAUCAGAAUUUAAGUGGAUCACUAUAAGGAGGCUAACACUCGCCAGAUUUCAAAAGAAAUUUUAUUAAUGUCUAAUCAUAAUCAUCUUUACUCAACAAAACUCCAACUCUAAGCGUUAAGAGUUUCAUAUCGCCACCAACACUUUCAAGAAGGUUAGAUAGUAAUAAUCAGAGUGACAAAAAUAGCAGACCCAAAUUCUAGGAUAAGUUAAAGUAGCUACUGAUGGAACAAUUUGAAGGAUAAAAAUUAGAUAGUAUUGAGGAGGAGGCCAAGUAAAUAAAUCAUAUUGUUUAAGCGGAUUAGAUUAUAGAGGCACAUAACAACAGUAGCAUUAUUAUGAAACUUGAUUCUUAGUUUAAUGACUCCAUCAAGUUUGAGGCUCCAAAAUAAAGUAAAUUAGAUGAACUGAAAUAGAGAUUGGGUUUUAGUAAUAAUUAAACAAAGUCAAAUUUGCUUUAGAUUAAUAUCAUUGAAAACAUUCAACAAGAUGAAAUCCCGAGUUUCUGUGCUAGCAAAAAUGAAGACUCUUAUCAAUAGGAAUCUUCUUAAUAACAUUUUAGUAAUAGCCCAAUUAAUAACAUUUAAAGUUAAAAGGAUGGAAGUAUUAAUUUUACUGAGCAAUGUGAAGAGAUAAUUGAAGUUUAGCUCAUCUAGUAAACUGAUAGUUAGUUCAAAGUUAAUUCUUAGAGGAGGUUAAAUCAGCUCAAAGAACUUGAAGAUUUGAAAAAUCUUGUAGAUCCUAAAGAUGAUCUUAAGCAAAGGAUAUAUAGGUAAAAUGCUGAGUAGUUAAUAUUCAUGGUAUCUCAAGUCAAAGUAAAAAAUCUUAAGAGUGGAUUUGUAAGCUUGAUUAAGAGGCAAAUAGAAUUUUCAAAAUUGAUGCAUCUCAAAAAGCUGAAACAGAAGUGCCUACUUAGGUAAUAUUUGAGAGAUUUCAAAAAAAAUUUACAGUUCUCAAAAUCAAUGACUAUAAUGCUUAGCUCAUUAAAAAAGAAAGAUAUCACAAUGAAAGAUUAUGUAUUACAAUACUUUAAAAUCUGGCAACAUAUCGCUAAAAUUAUCAAGGAAUAGUCAUAUAACAAGAAGAUGGAUCAACUUAACAAUCAAUUUGGGAAACUUUCACUUUUAAUACGAUAGAAGGUAAAGCUAUCUAUGAAGGAAAGUUUUGAUAACAUAAAGCUGGAAUAUAUUUUGAAGAGGAGGAAAUACAAAGAAGAGCAAAGAGAGUUAUCAAUACAAAUAAUUCAAAAUAUUUUCAAGAAAAAACUGAGUAAAUUUAUGAACAAGAAAUUCUAAAAAUUCAGAAAGAUCACUUUCAGAAUCGCUUUCGAUUAGAAAAUGCAUAAAAUGGCAAGAGUGUUAAAUGAUAGAAUCCAAUUUAAUAUGAAAGAUACUAUUAAAGAAAUUAUAAACUUUUGCAUAAGGAAAAAUCAUUAUAGAGAGCAAGUAGAAUUAUUGAAUAACGAAUACUUACUUCAAAGAAACAAGAUCAUUACUUCAUCUAUAAAUAGAGUCUUUAAAAUUUCUAAAUCUCAUCUCCAGAAAUAAGGUUUAGCAGGGCUGAGAUAGCAUUACAACAAAGUCUAAGUUCUAAGCACUAAAUUAAACUCAAUGAUAAAAGUUUUUAACAAGUAUGAGAAGGCCAUUUAAAGAGCAGAGAUCCUUUUGAUGUUCAAACAGUGGAUUAAAUUUACUUAGAAUAAGAACAAAGAAGUUUAAUUAAAGGUUUUGUCCUGUAAAAAAAUUAAAGCAAUAAUUAAAAAAUUCAAUCAAAAAACUGCUCAACAAAAAUUUGAUAUUUGGCAAAGUGAGACACAAUACUUAAUAUAACUUGAGCAAACUAAAUACAAUAAUGAAAGAACUCUGGUAAGGAAUUAGUAAGUCGAGUAGCUAUUCAUUGACUUAAUAUGGUCUAAGCUUUAAGAUGGAUUUAAUUAAAUUAAGCUAAGAUCUAUAACACAUUAGAAAUUAAGUAAAGUGUUCAAGAAAAUUAGUUAUAAAAAUCAGUAAGUAGCAUAGGCAAGAAACUUUAAAAAAUGGAAAGACUUAAUGAUCAGAUAAAAACUUAUAAGGAUAAAUCUCACAGUAAUGAUUAAGAAUAAAGAAGCCAAAGAAAAAGAUUAGCUUCAGUUGAGGUUCAAUAAAUGGAUGAAUAUCAUUUUAUAAAAGAAGAAAGCUGAAGAACUGCUUUAUGGUGUAUUCUAAAAGCAAGCAGUAUAAGAAGAACAUAGGCUAGUUCAAAUGAUGUUUGAAAUUAUUUAAAUUUGGAAGUAAAAGAUAGUAAAGUAAAACUAUAUGAUGUCAAUGCUUGCAACAAUAAUUCUAAAAACUGAGAGGUCUCAAACAGCUUAUGCUAUUAGAAAAUGGAGAGGUGUUUCUAGGCAUAUGAGUUCUUAAAUUCAUGGUCUAAAAAAUAUUUUUAAGCAUUCAGCAAAAUUAAAGUAAAAGGCAAUAUUGAGAAAUUUCAAAUCUUUAGCACAAGCAAAAUCUAGUAAAAUCUUAUCAGUGCAUACUAUUUCAAAAGUUGAGACUGAUGUUUUAAUAAGAUAAGUAAAUGAGUCCUUCUAAUAUAUAAAGACAUUCGUUUAUCAAAAGAAAAUCAGACAAUAAAAGCAGAAAGAGUCGAUGAAGCAACUGAUUAGAUAAUUGAAGUCAAUUAACUAUAAAUAGAUGCAAAGAUAUAUUAUCAGAUGGAAACUAAACACUAUAGAUUCAAAGAAAUAAAAAGAAAAGUAAAUAAUAAAGCAGUAAUUCUAGAAGAGGAUUCUUUCUAAUAUUAUUCAAAAAUAAAGAUCAAAUAAUCUUUAAGAUGCCUUCAACAGACUUAAAGAUUAUCACUAUUGCUAGAGAGCUAUUGAGCAAAACUAAUCAAAAAAGAUCUAGGCAACUUGUAUGAUCUAUGAUAAGCUGUAAAAUGUUCAGAAUCAUUUAUUGAACUAUUCAUUGGAACAGUUGACUUAACAUUCUUAAGAAAUUGAAUAGAAUGAAAAUGUUAAUAAAGCAAUCAGCAAGAUGUCAUCAGUUGCUAAAAUCUAUGGCUAUCUAGAUAAAUCGAGGAAAGAUAGAGAAUUUUUCUACAGAUGGAAGAAUUUUGCUCUCAGAACUUAAGCUUUUGAAUUUGGGUUUUAAGUUCUCAAUUAUCAAUAUCUUAAACACAUAAAAGGAAUGUUUGAUCAUCUGAAUAAAUAGAGUCAGGAAAUUUUGAUUUAAAAGACGCGAUAAAAGAUAGGCUUAAAUCUAGUUAAAAUGAUAACUUUCAAAAUAUACAAGGACUCUCUGCUAAAAGCAUUCACUUAAUGGAGUUUAAAUGUUUAGUUAACAAUAAAAGCUGAGAAGCUAAAGAGAAAUCUCCAAUAGCCACCAUUACCUCCUAGAAUUUAAUAAAACUAGGAGAAUAGUUGUAAGAAGAAGAAAUCAGAGCCUAUGAACUUAUUCCAAGCAACCUCUAGCUUUAGUCAAAUGCCAGUUAGACUUUUUAGUAAUCAUAGUAAAAGUAAUUCUGGCAAUAAUUCUGUUGCAAGUUAGAAGAACUUAAGAUACUCUUAAUAAGAUGAGGAAGAGGAGGAUUAGUAUUAUGACUAUGAGAAGCUAAAUUUAGAUACAAACGAUCAGCUAAAUAAUUCUUCAGAAUAAAUGAUACUUAUCAAGCCUAAAAUGAGCUUUGGUGGAAAUCUUGGAGGGCUUGGCGGAGGCAGAGAUAGCCUUUUCACUCAUAGAAGCACGAGUAAUGGCAGGAGAAAUAGAUACGAUAACUCCCUUGACUAGUGCGAUGACUUUAAAAUCGCUCCUCUUGGUUAAAAGAACGAAAUGCUAAAGAGCAACUUGUUUCAAUUUCUAUAAGAUGAAAAGAUUACAAAUCUUCAAAUUGAUGAGGAAAGCGCCAGUGUAUAUGGAAUGAAGUAAUCAUAUCAAAGUCUUAAAGUUACUGAGUCACCAAGUAAAAGCAAUUAAAUAAGGCAAGGUUCUACAAGCAAUAAUAAUGAAAAAAGACCAGUCUCUAGAAAUUUAAAGAGCAGUCUCACGUCUAAUCAUCUUAAUAAGUAUCUGUCGUAGAACUCAAAUUAAAAAAGUUAAAGCAAUCAAAAAGUAGCUAAAAAUAGUGUGACGAAGUCUGCUAAAAACAAUUAAACAAGAAAAUCUGUUGAAAAGCCAUAACUUUCAGGAGCCAAAGAUGAUAAAGCCAAAACCAGAAUCACUAAUAGUUAAAUGAAAAGAAACUAAAACUAAAACUAGGAAUAGCAUCAACCACAAAAGGAGUAGCCCCUUCUUAAUAGUAACAAAAGCUAAAAGCAUAUAAAAAGCCCGUAGUAAUCUCUUGAUCCUGUUCCAGAAGAAAAAUCGAGCCUUGCCAUGCAAUUACAGUAGAGAAAGGAUUAAAUAAAAGAGGCUCAAUUGCAGAAAAAGAGAUAGAGCACUAAUAAGCAGAACAACUUAUCUAACUUUUUAAACAUUAAUACCCGUUCGGCAUCAAGAACAACACAAGAUAAAAAGUAGCAGAAAGAAAAGUCAAAGGAAAAUAAUGAGAAAUUCAAAUUUUUCUUGAAACAGAAGCAGACAAAGUAGCAAUAGCAGAAUCAGUAAUAGUUAGAAAGAUAGAUGCAGCAAUAGAUACAAAUGUAGACUAUAAAUAGCAAUACACAAAUACCUGAUAGAAGUAUUUCCUCCAACCCAUUAAGUUACACGACUAGUAUGGAGUAAUUCAAUAUACUCAGUAAUCCCCAAAGCUAUAUGGGUUCAAACAAGAAUCUAUUUAUAGUUGGAGAGAAUCUUGAAAAGGGCUUGAGAAAGUUAGAGCUAUUUUACUAUAAAAAGAGUCUAUUGACUAUUGCUGAGUUUGCCUAUAGUCAAGAGUCAAAUGAAGCCUAUCAAAUAAAAAUCAUCAAUAAAGUGAGGCAUAAGAUUCAAAGAGUGAUAGAUAUUAAAGCAGGUCUGAGAGCUAAACCGGAAUAUCUGAAGUAAGAAGCAUUUUUAGUUUGGAAGAGACUCGAUUACUUAAUCAUGCUGGAGAGUCUUCACAUGUUCAAUAGCAAUAUCAGCUAGAUUUACACUAAUAAUAAUAGUGUAUUUGGAGGAACUGGGAAUGGUGGCUCUGCAAUAAUUAAUAAUAGAUAUGGUCCCAUUCAAAACUAGUAAUUAAAUCGUUGA